CUCAUGGUCCCUCCUACUUCUGCCAGCACCCAACCGUACGUCUCUUGCGUGCUGACGUCAGGUGCGUGCCCCUGUCCGGCAGUCGAGGAGACCCCGCGCAGUGCUGCCAACGCCCCGGCGGAGAAGCUGAGGUCAUCAUCAAAUUUGGAUUAUUUAAAGUGGAUACAAAACUAUUUCUGCCAUGCAGACAAUUAAGUGUGUUGUUGUGGGUGAUGGUGCUGUUGGUAAAACAUGUCUCCUGAUAUCUUACACAACAAAUAAGUUUCCAUCUGAAUAUGUUCCAACUGUUUUUGACAACUAUGCAGUCACUGUUAUGAUUGGUGGAGAGCCAUAUACUCUUGGACUUUUUGAUACAGCAGGACAAGAAGAUUAUGACAGAUUACGACCGCUGAGUUAUCCACAAACAGAUGUAUUUCUAGUCUGUUUUUCAGUGGUCUCUCCAUCUUCAUUUGAAAAUGUGAAAGAAAAGUGGGUGCCUGAGAUUACUCAUCACUGUCCAAAGACUCCUUUCCUGCUUGUUGGGACCCAAAUUGAUCUCAGAGAUGACCCCUCCACUAUUGAGAAACUUGCCAAGAACAAACAGAAGCCUAUCACUCCAGAGACUGCUGAAAAGUUGGCACGUGAUCUGAAGGCUGUCAAGUAUGUGGAGUGUUCUGCACUUACACAGAAAGGCCUAAAGAAUGUGUUUGACGAAGCAAUAUUGGCUGCCCUGGAGCCUCCAGAACCGAAGAAGAGCCGCAGGUGUGUGCUGCUAUGAACAUCUCUCCAGAGCCCUUUCUGCACAGCUGGUGUCGGCAUCAUACUAAAAGCAAUGUUUAAAUCAAACUAAAAUUAAAAAUUAAAAUUCGUUUCUGCAA